CAGCUGCUUACGGCCGCAGUCAACCUCUGGGGGCUUCCGUCUGAGGCGUCACUACCGUCACUACCGUCAACCUACGGAGCCACUUCUAGAGAGGAGUAGGCCCGGCCCUUUGCCGGGCGGAGAAGAUGUUGCCUCUGUCCAUCAAGGAUGAUGAAUACAAACCACCCAAGUUCAAUCUGUUUGGCAAGAUCUCGGGCUGGUUUAGGUCUAUCCUGUCGGACGAGACGUCUCGGAACCUGUUUUUCUUCCUGUGCCUGAAUCUCUCUUUUGCUUUUGUGGAACUACUCUAUGGCAUCUGGAGCAACUGCUUGGGCUUGAUCUCCGACUCUUUUCACAUGUUUUUCGAUAGCACUGCCAUUUUGGCUGGAUUGGCAGCCUCUGUUAUUUCAAAAUGGAGAGAUAAUGAUGCAUUCUCCUAUGGGUAUGUUAGAGCAGAAGUUCUGGCUGGCUUUGUCAAUGGACUAUUUUUGAUCUUCACUGCUUUUUUUAUUUUCUCAGAAGGAGUUGAGAGAGCAUUAGCCCCACCAGAUGUACAUCAUGAGAGACUGCUGCUUGUUUCAAUUCUUGGAUUUGUGGUAAACCUAAUAGGAAUAUUUGUUUUCAAGCAUGGAGGUCAUGGACAUUCUCAUGGCUCUGGUCAUGGGCACAGCCAUUCCCUCUUCAAUGGUGCUCUCGAUCCUGCACAUGGCCACGGAGAUCUCUGCCAUAGCCAUGAAGUGAAACACGGUGCUGCUGCCCACAGCCACGAUCACGCUCACGGACAUGGCCACUUUCAUUCUCACGAUGGUCCCUCCUUAAAAGAAACAACUGGACCCAGCAGACAGAUUUUACAAGGUGUAUUUUUACACAUCCUAGCAGAUACACUUGGGAGUAUUGGUGUCAUUGCCUCUGCCAUCAUGAUGCAAAAUUUUGGUUUGAUGAUAGCAGAUCCUAUCUGUUCUAUCCUUAUAUCCAUACUUAUAGUUGUAAGUGUUAUUCCUCUUUUAAAAGAGUCUGUUGGAAUAUUAAUGCAGAGAACUCCUCCCAUGUUGGAAAAUACUUUGCCUCACUGCUAUCAGAGGGUGCAGGAGUUACAGGGAGUUUACAGUUUACAAGAACAACACUUCUGGACUUUAUGUUCCGAUGUUUAUGUUGGGACUGUAAAAUUAGUAGUAGCACCUGAUGCUGAUGCUAGGUGGAUUUUAAGCCAAACGCAUAAUAUUUUUACUCAGGCUGGAGUGAGACAGCUUUAUGUACAGAUUGACUUUGCUGCCAUGUAAUGAAUGAAAUUACUGUUUUUGGACCAAAUUCUUCUGGUACUGUACAGUCUAAAACAUUGUACCCAGCGCUUUAGAGAAAUCAUCAGAAUUCCUAGCACCAAGUAGACCAGGUAGUACUCUAUGGGAAAGUUGCAGCUAAGGGAUCACAACUAAGAAGUUAUCUCCUGGCCUUUUGGUCUUGUCUUUUGAGCUCUUCUCAAGCCAUUCCUCAUUCUGAUUUCUGAGGUUCUGGUUUUGUUCUAGGGUGUUGGUUUGUCCUUUUAUGGGGGAGGGAAGGAGAUUACAUGCCAAAUGUCCCAUCCCCUGAUCCCUGCUAGUGAGAAAUUCAAAUUGUGGGCCUCCAACCAUCUGGAAUGUCUUCACUGAAGCUGCUGGAAAUCACUGCUUUUAUUUCCACAAAACCAGUGUUCAUUACAAAAAAAGAAAAGAAAUGUAAAUCUGUUUUAUAUGUAAUGUCACGGUUGUUGACGUUCUUCAGUAUAAUCAUAUGUUUGUAAAAUUGUUUGUACCUUGCAAACUUAUGAACCAAACCAUAUUGGGUUUUCAAAGUGCCUUUGCAUCAGAAAAUGUAUUUGCCAGCAUAGAAUUGUAAAAUCAAAGGUUGUGUAUUUUUUUUAAAAUGGGUAUUCUGUAGUCUGUACAAAAUAAGACUCUUGCUAGUAUACAGAUUGUCUUUUUGUGUACUUCAGCAUAGGUGCAGGUAUAUGAAAAGUUUUUUAUUGUUUUAUCUCAUCAAAGAAGGUGUUACCUUGCUUUUAAAACAAAUUCAGUAAUCAUACUAAAUUAACUUUGUGAACUGUGUUUUCAAAACUUUACAAAUGCAUUUAUGGAAAAUUGUUUUGACCUAAAUUGCUAAAUUCCAAAUUUCUGUAAAAGCUCUGUGUAUAUGUUAAAUUUUUUUACAGCUCUCCUUGCCACCUUUAUACACUUUAUUAAGGACCAGAAGAGUCAUUGUAGACCGCAGGCAGAAAUGGUUGUGACAGUGUUAUUUUGUGUUUUCAUUCUUCAAAUGCCAAGUCAUACAGUAUGUUUUUUCUCUUUAAGCUUUACACAAAUACCAUUGCUUUCAGGAAUCCUAUGGCAGGAUUUGGUUGAGUUUGAACUCUUAACUGUGUGGAACAAAUGUGGUAAGGUAGAAACUCUUACCACAGAUAUCUUAGAAGUAAAUACAUAAAUUUAUUUUCUAUGUUCUUAUAUAUUUGAAAAAUAAAAUUGCAAUUUGAGAUGUCAAGUGCUUGAACACUCUACUUAAGUAUUCCUUGUGUUUUAUGAAAAGAUAUUUAUUUGGAUAUAUAUUUUCCCAGAGCAUAACACAGACCCUUUUUAAGUUUAAAAACUUAAAAUCGUUGAGGAAAAGGCCUUUCAGGGUAAAAAUGACUAAUUAUAGAUUUCAAUAAAAAGCACUUUUUUAGUAAGGUGGAAGAACUCACUGUUGAUUUUGCCUCAGUUUUAAAGUAUAUUUCUACCACUUCUGUCUUACAAUUUAUGAACUAUUCUAUCUAUAUAUGUAUAGAAAAUGACACCAUUUUCUUCAUGCUUUUAUGAACUACUGUGAAUUGCCAUGAAGUAUCCAUAGUCUCCUUUUUUAAAAAAUGAGAUAUUUUCAAAACUAUGUUUGCUCACUGCCUGGCCAUUCUAAAACUAAGAAUCUGUGCAGUGAAUUGUGUUUAAUUGGAAUAAAUGUUGAAGUCUUUUAGGAGGGAAAGUACAAAAGCACAUAUCCUGAUACUGGUAUUGCUUUUUCAUUACAAGUAAGUAGUCAUUUGGAAGUUUGAACCACUACCAAGUCUGAUAGAACUUUGGGAUAUUCUGUGGGUUUUGGCGUAUUACAGAAAAUGACAGGUUAGAUAGAGGCAGAGAUUUUGAAUGUGUGCCUUUACAAACUAAUUACAUGUAACUAUAUUGACAUUUCACAUAUGAAGAUAAUCGUUAUGCUCUGUAAAAUUUACUGGUGCAUCUUGAAGACCCAAUUCUGCCUUUCACUGAGCCCUCCAUUCCAAGUGAAGCUUGCCAAAAUAGGUUAUCACUUCAUUUAGCACAAAUCCAUGAAUUUUUUUCCUUGACAAGGCAUAGAGUGCUUGGUGUGACACUAAUUUUGCACAUAUUACCAAGAGAUUGCCAAGUUAUAUUAUUUAACACGUUGGCAUUAACAUUUAUGCUUUGCAAUUUACCUGUAUGUACAACAGGAAAACAAAAAUUAGUGAGGAAGAACAACUUUUCUCCCUGGAAAUACUUUGUCUUACCAUUGUUUUAGGCACAGAUGUAUCACUAACGUAGAUAUUUCACUGAGAAUCAUCACCUGAUAGUGGGUAUAAAUAAAUUUAGAAUGUUCCUAACAUUCACCUACCUCUUACAAAACAAAAUCUGUAUCUGAGUAUAAAUUUGCCAGUAUUUGAAAAGACAAAAUACCCUUGGAAAAAUAAUUGUGUUGUUCAUGGUAAGUUUACUGUAAACUUGCCCAAACAGAAAUAUACUGUUGUUUUUAAAAAAUCCAUUAUAUUGCUCUAAUUGAAGGGCUUACAUACGUGCAACGCACUCACUUUGCUCACUUUGCAUGCAUCUGUGUGAAGAACACUAUCUAGUUAUCUGUAGGUUGGUGUUCCUAGUGCCAUCAACAGUGCCAUUAGUAUGCAACAGUGUCUUAUAAGAUGUCACUGCUUCAGCAUUCUUUAAAGCCUACACAUAUAUGCCAAUAACCAAAAUACUGUGAUUUUUGUGCACCUCUCUAAAGCAGUCAGAUCAUUAACUCAAAAUGCUACUUGAAUAAGAAGUUACCUACUAGGGAGUGAGUUUUUACAUAACACACAGUGGGAUUUUUAAAGUACUAAUUGCAUAAUGGAAGACAUUUUGGCAAGGACCAUGCUUAGAAGAAGACAGUUCUCUCAGUUUACAGAUGAGAAAAUGGGAAGCCCAGAAAAGCUGUUGCUUACUCAAGGUCAUAGAGGUAAUCAAUCCGUGGUAAAGCGAAGGCUAAAAUUCAGCCCUUCUGACUCCAAGUCAAUACUAUAGUUUUUAUUGUGCUUUCUUUCCAAUGUAAUAGUCACCUUUCUGUAAAUGUGGAUUAAAUAUUGUUUGUAAAUAAAGGAUAUAUGACCUCCAUUUUUGGUACAUGAAGGCAUUUUAUAAAUGGGAUUUUUGUCUCAUUUUCAUAACUAAUUAUGAAGUUUAGAUUAAUUCCUUUUUAGUAUUGUUUUUUGAAUUUUUUAAACUUGUGAAGCCAGUUCCUGAUUUAAAUGAUAGAUAGUGGCAUUUGAUUUGUACAGUGGAUACUUUUAACACAUGGGUGAAUUGUUUUCUGUUAACUGCCCAAGUAUCAUAAGGACUGCUUUAGUUUCUGUAAUUUUUUAUAGUCUGUGAGGUGAUACUUUUUAGAAACCAGGCUAAUUCAUAGGUCCUAUCAUUUCAGUCUUGCAACGUGGCUUUUUUAUUAGGGGAAAGCUUUCUUACUCUUCAAAUUCUCAAACCUGUGCAAAAAUUGGUAUUAAAUAUUGUAUAGAACAAAUAUUUUAAUUCCAUAAAGGUCAAAGUUGCAUCAGAAUUCGAGAUGCCAAAACACUACUUCCAACUUUUCAGGCUAUUUCCUUAUUUUUUAAGUCACCAAUUUUGAACAAUUAUUUUCCAACUCACAAAAACCUUGAGAAAGGGAGACUUUUUUUAAUCCUUUGAAAAACAUUCAUUAAAAGUUUUAACAGUAGAAGAUUGUUUCAAGAUAUGAUUUCUGCCAGAAGCCUUGAUGAUUCAGAUCUUUACCAUAGAAUCAAGUCAAAGAUUCAAAGACAAUGAAGUUUUUAUCAAGUAAGUACUGGCAGAUAGGUACAAUUCUCUUUAACAGCUAAAUAGGUGGAACUUUUUCAUGAGUGCAUCUUGGGUUUAUGAUUACCCAUUUCUUGACUUCAAUUUUUUUUUUUACUUCAAAUUAUAUAUAACCUGUAUUAAGUAUGUGUCAUGGCUUUUUGCACAUUGCCACAUUUAAUCCUCACAUAUGUAUUAAGAAUUUUGUAGUUUUGCAUGAUUUUAUGAUUGACAGUAUUUCUGAAUAUAUUUUCUAAUUAUUAUAACAUCAUACAGGAGGAAGGAAUUCUUAUUCCCUUGUUAUGUCAAGAGAAUGUGAAAUUAUAUGCCUGAAGGAGAACUAGCCAGGGUAGGACACUGACUUAAAAAUCCAGUAAUUUUUCUGAUGACUAUUUUGUAUGUCAUUCAGCUAACUCAGUAGAGCAUUUGCCUACUAUGCACAAGGCCCUGGGUCCAACCCCCAAGGGCCACCAAAGUGGGGUGGUAUUUUCAAGAAGUUCUAACAGUUCUAAACACUCUCUCCUAGAAAACUGUGAACACUUAGCAAAAGACACAGGGGUAACAGUUGUUAUAACCUAUUUACACUCAUUUCUUCUUUGCACCCUUAAGCUUAUUUCCUACCUUUGCCAUUGUUCAGGGUAAAAAGACUAAUCAGAACUCCUUAUGCAUUAAAACCAUUUUUAAAGGGGUGGGGAUUUAGCUCAGUGGUUCCGCCGCCUGCCUG